GACCUUCAAACGGCUUUGUUUUCUUUAAUUUUUCAAUUAUCAGUGAUUACUACGAGUGCCAGAGAAGUAGUUGUAUAUUGUUUAUUUGAUUGAUACCCGUCGAACGCGUGUAAACAUGCUGGGGUUGAAAGAGACCGCAACCUGAAAAGCGACCAGCCAAUGGGUGCCCCCCGUUUGUAAGGGGUAAUUACCUUGCGUUAAAGAUCACUAGAAGGAAGGUGUAGCGACCAGCAUUUGGAUAGUGUACGUGCACCGGGCAGCAUACCUCAAAACACCUGUAUCUGGAGAGGAAACGUAGUUGUGUGUGUACACGUGCUGGGAUACUGUUCUGUCGCAAACCACUGUAAGACAAGGAACUAAAAUAUAUAUUAUCAGAUUAUAUAAUUACAACCAGGAAUCUCAUUUUUUUUUCGUUCGGAUUUACUGGCACAUGCUGUCUGGCGCUCGUCUUAGAAUAUUUUGAUUUUCAUGUUAAGCAUGACAUCAUUGUAGGAUAUCUCAGUAAGCGCAUACUUCUCAGGCUGAAGAUAGAUAUAGUUGACGUAACAGACGAACCAUGUGGUUGAGUUUUAUAGUUGGUGCGAUCCUGACGACGGGGACAGUCACUUUUCCAGUAGACGAUCAACGUGCAAAUACGGACAUUGUGUUGCAUCUAGAGGAGUUGUCCAAGUAUGGAGACCCAGCCAAGGUUAUCAAAAUGAUCCAAGAUCUUGCCGGGGGACUGCAUGGAUGUGGAAUUAAAGAGAUCCCUCGACUUAAACGACAUUUCCUCACAAAUCGAACCGUCACUUGCAAUGACGGUUCACCGGCAGGUUACUACAUCCGCCAGUCUUACGGAAGUAAGCGCUGGAUCGUGUACCUCGAGGGAGGGGGCUACUGCUUUGACCAACUUAGCUGUCACGGACGCUGGUUAAAUAGCAGAAAAUUGAUGAGCUCUAAUGAAUGGCCAGAAACAAAAGAAGGAACUGGGAUUCUUUCAUGGCACCCAGAAGAGAAUCCAUAUUUUUACCACGCUAACAUUGUGUAUGUUCCUUACUGCUCCAGUGACUCAUGGAGUGGGCACAAAAUGGCCAGUGGUAAAGGAGAAUUUUCUUUCUUAGGCUCCCUAAUAGUCCAGGAGGUGAUAAAAGAUUUGCUGAAUAUGUCUGAUGGUCUGAGUGACGGCAAUAAACUGUACUUAGCAGGGUCCAGUGCUGGUGGAACAGGUGUUCUUCUUAACUUAGACAGUGUGGCUGACUUGGUCCAUCAAAAAGCGCCUAAUAUUGAAGUACGAGGCAUUGCAGAUUCUGGGUGGUUUUUGGACAAUGAGCCAUUCAAAGUAGCAGCCUGUACAGAAUAUUCACAUAUAUGUUCUCCUACAGAGGCCAUCAAAAGAGGAAUAUUUCAUUGGGGAGGAAAAGUUCCUCAGGCCUGCAAGGAAUCAUUUCCUGGAAACCAGCAAUGGAGCUGUUACUUUGGCUACAAUAUCUACCCCACCCUCAACACACCAGUGUUUGUGAUCCAGUAUCUGUUUGAUGAGGCCCAGAUCACAGCAGACCACGUAGGCACGCCAGUAAAUAAGGAACAGUGGCACUACAUACACAAUUUGGGGAAUGACAUCAGAAACACACUUGAAAAUGUCUCGGCAACAUUUGCACCAGCUUGUUACUCUCAUAAGUUACUGACAAAAAAGAACUGGCAAAAUCUCAAAAUCUCUGGACACAGUCUACCUCAAGCCCUUCGUUGCUGGGAGGAGAGUACAAGUGAAGCCAACCACUACGAUCAGAAAGAUGCGUCAGCAAGAGAGAAUUCUGAAGGAGAUGGGACUAACUUACAAGGGGAUGACCCGAGAUCAAACAAACGCCGACACAAGAAAAACAAGAAAGGGCGACGUCGUGGGAGGAAAGGUAGGAAGAGAGACAAGAACAGAGAGAGGAACAGAGAGGAUCGCCAGAGAUCUCAGCGCUCCUUGGAUUUCUUGCAGGAUUCAGAUAACAUACAUGCACAGCAUCACAGACAGCAUCAUAGCAAUCAAUGUGUUCAUCAUUUAAUAGAUAACUGUGGUUGGCCACAGUGCAAUCUCUCAUGUCCCAAGCUUACAAAUCCUUACACUGGAGAAGAAAUAGACUUCAUUGACUUGCUAAUUCAGUUUGGAAUAGACCUUUCAAGUAUAGCCAAUGCACUCAACAUGGACUUGGCAACUAUGCAAGCUAUGGACCACGAGACCUUACUCAAAAUACUAACUCAGCAACAAUAACUAUACAGAAACAGUCCAGCUGCUAUUUAAGUAGCCGUUGCCAAGCUUAGAAAAACAGUAUUUAUAUGGAUUUUAUGACAAAUGAAGCCAAUAUUUAUUUCAAACUCGGAUAUUAUUGAGAAAUUAGAUGAAAAUAUAUUUAUGUUCAAGUAUGCAAAUGAUAUUUCCACAAGUGUGUCUUGUAUAUUAGUAUAUAUAUAUAAUGACAGCAGUUGUACAUAAAACAGUGUGUCAUAGUGAUUAGGAAAGUAAGAUCAGGCAGCAACUAUCAACACACCCAAAUUGACAAAAUUUGAUAGUUAUUACGAAGUGAAUUUAUUUUAGAUUAAGGUGAUAUUAGGAGAGUUUCCAGUUAAAUCAUUUAUAGGUCUUACAAUUGCCUUUUAUUACAUUAAAACUGUGAAUUUUUUUUCAAUUCCUUGCAGAAAUAGUAUAAGAGAAGUGGUUUAAUGUUAUAACAAGUUAAUAACAACAUAUAUUAUCCUAGACAAUCCUGGUAGAUGAAACAUUCCUUUCUAAGAUAAUUUCAAAAUGAAAACCUGUGAAAAAUUAGGUCAACAAAUGAGUAUAAAAGUAAUUAACAAAAGGUGUUAACAAUAUAACACUGAUGGAUUUUUUUCUAUGGUAAAGUAUUCAAUAAGCACUUGUACUUUGAUAACAACAAUAAUUUAGGCAAAUCCAUCUUGGUGAAUGUAAAAGUACAGUCCAGUGAUUAAAUGAAAAAAGACAAAACUGCACCUGGUUGUGCCAUAACUUAUUAUAACAUACUUCAUAUUGUGCAAAGUUUCUGGAAACCCUUCGGUAUAUAUAGUACAAUGAUGCAAUAUGUAUUUUAGGCAUCUAGCUGGGCAAUUACUAACAUUUUAUUGAUCUAAAUCCUCACUCUACCAAUCAUGUCAACACAGACAAUGCACGUACAGUCUAUGGAAAAUGUUUAUUUCAGCUUAUUCUCUGUACAGGUUAUAUAUUACUAUUACUAUUAUAUAUUACUAUAUCAAGGUAAUUUAUAGUGAUUUGGUGUCAGAAUGCUUGUUUUCCCCCUGAGUGCAGUAUUAUGAGGUGUAAAAUGUACCAAUCUAAAGAAAGUAACUCAGGGCAAAAUGAGAACAAUAUUGUCAAAUAUAACUGUAACUUAUAUAACCAAGUGUCACACAAAUCAUUGACCAGACUAUUAUUUUAGAGACAGUAACUUCUUUUGUCCACUGUUUGUACAAGCAGUGUUCACCCAGGUAUAAAUGAAAAAUAUUUUUAAUUCAGGAAGUGUUUGCAACCACCCUCCCACUUUCACAAGGGAAUCUCUCCAAGUUAAUUGGGGAAAGGGUGACUGCAAUCAAGCUUCUACUUCCUGAAAUUGGGCUGGUAAUUUUUUUUUGUUUACUAAAUGGAUGUGAGCACCCCUUUUGUGCAACAAGGAAAUAGGAAUGAGCUUCAUUAAAAAAAAAGACAUAUUGUCUGCCGGCACAAUCUGAUGCGCAAAGACCUCAUUCAACUUGCCAUUUUGAAGUGCAUUACUUUCUAAUCAAAUUUAUGUAGUUUUUUUCUACUUCAAACUAUUUUCUUAGAAUAAAAUGUACAGCAUUUAGAGUGUUAUUUAUUAUUAUUAUGAUUAUUAAUAUUAUCAUUAUUAUUGUUAUAUAUACAGAAAGUCUGUGACUUAUUGUGUAAUGUAUCAUACUCAAACAUAAGUCAUUCUUAAUGCAUGAUGUGCAAUGAGACAAAUUGUCUGUUAAAUCAGAAAGCACUAAAUGACCUAUAUGCGAGGUUUGAGCAGUGAAUAAAAUGUACUAAAUAUCCUGAAAUAUGUGUGUUAUUCUUUUUGUUAUCACAGUACAAAAACUGAACUGAAAAAAAAAAA